AUGGCAGAGGGCGGCGUUGGCGGCAGCGACGAGAGCUUCAUCUCGUUCGCGUUUGCUGUGACGUCGGUCAUUCUCAUCGUUCUCUACAUCCCAUGGAUUAUCGGAAAGACGCGGCGGUUAGUGUUCUAUCAUCAGUCUACAAAGAAGGAGCGGGCGAGCAUGGUAAGCCCGCUAGCGGAGCUAUGGGACUCUGCAACGUACAUUCCGCGGGUACUGUACGCCGUUGCGCAGGACCCGGCGGCGGUCGUUGCCGGCGCGAAGGUGUGCAAUUCGGAGAAGGUCUUUUUUCUCCGCUGUGUGAUGCCGAAGUUUCUCAAGUUUGUGAUUCGUCCUCGCAUCCUCGUGCCGAUGCUGUGGCUUGUGCUCUUUUCCUCCGCCAUGUACGCCUCCCUCACAUUCGAUCCGCACGCCAUUCUUGGCUUGCCAUCCUCGGCCUCCACCGCGGACAUUAAGAAGACGUACCGUGCUCUCUCCAAGCGGUACCACCCCGAUCACAACAAGACGGAAGGCGCCCGUGAACUGUACGUUCAGGUGCGUCGUGCCUACAAGGCGCUCGUGGACCGCGAGGCAUUUGAGGAGGAGGAGAGGCAGAAUGCGCAAGAGUUCGCUGUUGGUGUGGCGCUCCCGCGUUUCCUGACCUCUCGCGAACAUGACGGGCUCGUGCUGUUUGGCCUUCUAGGACUUCUUAUCGGGCUACCCAUCUACAUCUGGUACACCUUCACCAACGACAAGAAAGUGCCGCGCCUUCUCUGGCACAUCCGCUUUGACAAGGAGCGUGUCGAGCACUUCCUGCUGCACUUUGGCAUUCCCGUCGAUCCCAAAUACGUCGCGCGGCGUGAGUCGCGUCGCACAAUUCUGCGCAUCCUUAUCGCACUCAACACGGUACCGCCAAACGUGCGCGAGGACGUUGUGAAUUCUUUUCCUCCACUCCCAGAUUUUGUGCAGCGCUGCAUCGACGCCGAUAAGAACGCAGCAUUGUUCCGCAACUUGGGUCUCGAUGCCAAAGCGGUCGGCGCUCUGCAGUCUUACCUGGCUGUGAACGGCGUCAAAAUCGUAGAUGAGUACGAGGCAGCAGUCCACUUCAACGGUGAGGAGCCCAAGGCGGAUGACUUCCAGCGUGUUUCGAUUUCCGCGUACCGUGCUACCCGCUAUCUCUUCCAGCAGCACACCGUUCAAGUAGAGCGUGCGCUGGAGGAGCUUCAGGUAGCGAUGGGUGGCAACGUGCCAAGUGCCAAGAAACUCUUGAAUCUGCACGAGGAGCUGUACGAGCUGCUUGACAUGGUGUACCUGCGCUCCGAAAAGCCCAACAAGCAACUUGUCAUGAAGCUCAUCGCGAUGCCGCAGCGGGUGUCGGACAUCGUCGACGCCAUAGAGCCUGAGAUGCAGCUUGUCUAUCACCGGUAUUUCAAGAACUACAUGAACCACAUUCAACAGCAGCAGCGCGCGGCCCGUGGCAGGGGUGCUCACCCGCGCUAA